UAUUUCGUGUUACAUUUAAGUAAAGUAAUAAUUUCCAACGUCCCGUAAUCUAUACUACUAUUAUAAUUAGGAAAGAUUUAUUCUUUAGUAUGUAUUCACGUAAAAACAACUGGGCCGAUUUUAAAAAUAUUUUCACCAUUAGAAAGCUAGGUACAUUGGUUGUAAACACAAUGGCAAAGAAUUGGAUAUCAUCUCCUCUUGGCAUUCAUUUUCUUUUACACUUACAUGGGCAACGCGCCGGGAAAUGUUUUAAUAUAUUUGACAGGGUCAGAGACAUUCUUAAACAUAAAAAAGAGUUUGUCAUUAAAAAUAAAUUAUUCUUGAAUACUUCAGAUGUUGAGUUAAAAGCUGUUGUGGAAAAAUGGGCGAAUGAAUAUGCAAAGUUUGAAUUCCAAACAAAGAAAUAUAAUAUUCCUGAUGAUAAAGCCUUCUUAACUAAUAUUUGUAUGUAUAAGGGUGCCUGGAAGAGUCCAAUGGUCAAAGUGCACAAUUCCUUUAGUUAUACUGAAGAUAUUAAGUAUGAAGUUAGGAUACUUGAGGUGUGCUCUUGUGAUGAUGACGUGUCAUUCGCAAUCGUGGUGCCUAAUGAGACAGACGUGUUAUGUCACCUUGUGCAGAAGUUACAUGAGGAAGGCUUGUCGGCUGCUGUGGCCACUAUACAGCCUGCUUUCACAGCAACAUGCAGACAAAACUUACCGACUUUUAAGUUCAAAUCAAACAUUGAUAUACGGGAUCAGCAGGAUACCAAAAUAACACAAUCUGGCUGUGUUACAGUGAAUCAAAGUGGAAUUGAUAUCAAAGUUUUAACCUGCUUACUUCUUGGCAAAGAAACUAAAAUUCACAACUUUCCGAGACUUUCCAAUGUUCAUUCAAAUUGUUUUAGUUUUGCACUUGUAUGUAAUGAUGUGCCAAUUUUUACUGGUCAAGUUAUUCCAUAGGGAAUAAGUUUCCGUUAUGACUGCGUGUACACUUACAGCAAUUGUCAUUGCUGAUGCCACAAAAGAUGACUGUUCUGAGCAACUUAUUACCGCAGAGUAGAUAAUAGGUCAUUAAUCAGUAAAUUAAUGUAAGAUUUCUCAGUAUUGCUGAAGAUAACAAAGAGAUGGAGAUUAAAACAAAUAUCAAUAAAGAUGUUAUAUAUUUAAA